UAUAGGAGUAUCCCAAUACUUGCUCGAUGAAGGAACCUUGCAGGAAGUAUUGGAGUCUGAGUUGCACCCUAACCUUGUCUCAGGAGUUGACUAUAUUAGGCUUGCUACCACUGAAUGGGACUGAAGGUCCUACAGAGUCAGCAAAAUUGGUCGUUAGGAUAGAGAAUUUGCAAAUACUUUCUGGAACUGUACAUUAACAAAGAAUGCUUUUGUACUUCAGGUUCCCGUGUACUUUGAAGAUGUAACUGUGUUUUUCUCUGAGGAGGAGUGGGCUCUGCUGGAUUUUGACCAAAAAACUCUGUACAGAGAAGUCAUGCUGGAAAAUGCUAAGAAUGUGGACUCUAUGGUUGACAGGCAGGACACUGAGGAUUAUAAAGAAUCAGGUGUGAAAUCCUUGCAAAGAACUGAAAGUGGAGAAGGGAUAUUGGACAAUCAAGUGGAGCCAAAGAUGCCUGAGGAAAAUCAGUUGAACAAUAGGAUGGAGAAAUUCUCUAUUUUCUAUAAAGAGAAGCAACGUGAAUGCAGAGAACAUGGAAAAAAUAAUGUUUUGAAUCUCUGUCUUGCUUUACAUCAAAGGAUCGAGAUAGAAAAACCAUACAAAUGUCCAAAGAGUGAGAAAAGCUUUAACGAGAGCAGUACUUUUAAUACCCAUAAAACAAUCCAUAGAGUGGAGAAGUCAUAUAAAUGCACAGAGUGCAGAAAAAGUUUCUAUACAAGUAAUGAUCUUACUUUGCAUAAAAAGACCCACCCAAAAAAGAAACCAUAUAAAUCCAUGGAAUGCGGAAAGAGGUUCAAUACAAGUAUUGAUCUUAAUUCCCAUCAAAGGAUCCACACAGGGGCGAAGCCAUAUAAAUGCAUGGACUGUGGAAAGAGCUUCACCACAAGUGGUUCCCUUAUUUCCCAUAAAAGAAUCCACACUGGGGAGAAACCAUAUAAGUGCAUGGACUGUGGAAAGAGUUUCACUAUGAGCAGUAACCUUACUUCCCAUCAAAGGAUCCAUACGGGGGAGAAACCAUAUAAGUGCACGGAAUGUGGAAAGAGUUUCAGUCAGAGCACUUCCCUUACUUACCAUGAAAGGAUCCAUACAGGGAUGAAACCAUAUCAGUGCAUGGAGUGCGGAAAGAGAUUCAGUACAAGCAGCCAUCUCAUUUCCCAUAAAAGGAUCCACACGGGGGAGAAACCAUUUAAGUGCAUGGAGUGUGGAAAGAGCUUUACAAUGAGACGUGGUCUUACUUCCCAUGAAAGGAUCCACACAGGAGAGAAACCAUAUCAAUGCAGGGAGUGUGGAAAGAGCUUUAGAAUUAGGAGUGAUCUUAUGUCCCAUAAAAGGAUCCACACGGGGGAGAAACCAUACAAGUGCAUGGAGUGUGGAAAAAGCUUCAGUAGGAGUGGUAAUCUUACUUCUCAUAAAAGGAUCCAUACAGGGGAGAAACCAUAUAAAUGCAUGGAAUGUGGGAAGAGUUUUAGCCAGAGUACUUCGCUUACUUCCCAUGAAAGGAUCCACACAGGGGAGAAGCCAUAUAAAUGCAUGGAGUGUGGAAAGAGCUUUACUAAUAGUAGUCAACUUACCACCCAUAACAGGAUCCACACAGGGGAGAAACCAUAUCAAUGCACAGAGUGUGGAAGGAGCUUCACCACUAGUGGUUCCCUUACUUCCCAUAAAAGGAUCCACACGGGGGAGAAACCAUAUAAGUGCAUGGAAUGUGGGAAGAGUUUCAGCCAGAGCGCUUCUCUUUGUUCCCAUGAAAGGAUCCAUACAGGGAUGAAACCAUAUCAGUGCAUGGACUGUGGAGUGAACUUCACUCAAAGCAGUCAUCUUUCUUCCCAUAAGAGGAUCCAUUCAGGAGAGAAACCGUAUAAAUGCACAGACUGCGAAAAGAGCUUUUACACGAGCAGUUCCCUGAUUUCACAUAAGAGGAUACACUCUGGUGAGAAGCCAUAUCAAUGCAGGGACUGUGGAAAGAGUUUCAAUACAAGCAGUUCCCUGAUAUCACAUAAGAGGACCCACUCUGGGGAGAAGCCAUAUCAAUGCACAGACUGUGGAAAGAGUUUCAGUACAAGCAGUUCCCUUACUUCACAUAGGAGGAUCCACACGGGAGAGAAACCAUAUCAGUGCAAAGAGUGUGGAAAGAGUUUCAGUCAGAGCACUUCCCUCUCUUUUCAUAAAAGGAUCCACACUGGAGAGAAACCAUAUAAAUGUAUGGAGUGUGGAAAAAGCUUCAGUGACAGUUGUUCCCUUACUUCUCAUAAAAGCUUCCACACAGCAGAGAAGCCAUUUAAAUGUUUUGAAUGUGCAAAGAGCUUCACGUAGAGCAGUAAUAGAACCAUUGUGGGCCUGACCAGCUGUUUGUGUAUAGUUCUCCUAAAAGCAUCCAGACGACUCUUACAUAUGCAUUCCAAGUGCAGAAAGAGCUUCAUCAAGCCUUACUUCCCACAAAAUUGGAACUGGUUACGCCUUUCCUAGCCAAAACUCCAUUCACACAUAUUUUUUCUUCAGUCAGUUCUGUCCUUUUAUUACCUCAAGAU